AUGAUUGACCCGUUAAGUCAAACAACUGCAAGAUUAUCAAUAUCUAAAACAGAAGAAAGUAGAUUACAAGUUAAAGAAUAUUUAGAUGAUUCAUCCAACGUUCCAAAUAGACGCGAUUCUGCCAUUUAUUUUGACGAUCAACAACCAUUAUUACAAAUUCAACAACAACAAGUUUCAAAAAGAAGAAGAAGAUCAUCAAAUCAAUCAAUAAAUAAUCAACAACCACCUCAAAAAAGAGAAAAAUUACAUAAGCGUAAAUUGAAAAAACAAUUAGAACCUCCAUAUAUAAAAUUAAAUGUUAAUUUAGAAAAUAAAAAUGAAAGAUUUCCGUUUAAAAAUUUUCGAGAUAUUUUAUUAAGAAUUUUUAAUUUGGAUCAAGGUAAAAAACCAAAAUGGUUAGAAUUAAAUAAUUGUGAAAAAAUUGAAAAAAUUGUAAUUUGUUUUUGUCCUGGUAUUGAAAUUGAUAAUGAAGAAAUUGAACAAGAACAACAAAAACAAGAACAACAAAAGCAAGAACAACAACAACAACAAUUAUCAGUGAGUAAAUUAAAAAAAUUGGAACAAUUAUCUUUUAUUUAUGAUACAUUUGAAGAUUAUAUAAAAUGUUCAUCACCAGGUUCAAAAGAUUCAAUUCAUCUGGCUUUUCAAAGUAUUAUAAAUAUACCACUUACAAAAAAUGAAAAGAAAUUAAUUAUUGAAUCUUCAAAAAAUGAUAAAAUUACAAUUUAUAAUUUAUUAAUGAAUGAAACACAAUUAAUAGAAAAUAAUUAUCCAAUGAGUAAUGAUGAUUAUCAAGAAACUAUAGAUAGAGGAGAAGAAUCAUCAAAAAUUUUUGCAUUAGAUUGUGAAUUUUGUAAAUCAAAUAAUUUACAAGUAUUAACUAGAAUUUCAUUAUUAGAUUUUAAUGGGAAUAUAAUUAUAGAUGAAUUAGUUAAACCAAUUGAAGAAAUUACAGAUUAUGUAACUAAAUACUCAGGUAUAACAGAAGAAUUAUUAAAAAAAGUUGAAACGAAAAUUGAAGAUGUUCAAAAAUUAUUUCUUGAAAAAGUUUCAAAAAAUGAUAUAUUAAUUGGACAUUCAUUAGAAAGUGAUUUAAUAGUAAUGAAGAUAAAACAUUUAAAAAUUGUUGAUACAUCGAUUAUAUAUCAACAUUCAAGAGGAUUACCUUUUAAACCAAGUUUAAAAUGGUUACUGAAAAAAUAUUUAGGUAGAUGUAUACAAAAUGGAGAAGAUACAGGACACGGUCAUUCAUCAAUUGAAGAUGCAAAAGCAUGUUUAGAUUUAGUUAAAUUAAAAAUUAUGGAAGGUAUUACUUUUGGUAAAAAUUUAAGCGAUGUUUCAAUAUUUACAAGAUUUAAUCAAAAAAAUAUCAAUAUUAAAUCAAUGAUUGCAAGUUAUUAUAAAGAAAUACAUGAAGAAAAAAAUGUGGAAAAAUUUCAAGUAAAAAAUGAUGAUGAAAUAGUUGAGAAAAUUAUUGAAACAGAUGCAAAAUUAAAUUUUAUUACUUUAAAAGAUUUAGAAAUAAAUUUAAAUUGGGUUAAAAUUGAUCAAUACAAUGGAGAUUUAGAUUCAUCAUCAGAACAAGCAAUGUUAAGAACAAAUAAGAGACUAGACAAAAUUUAUAAAUCAUUACCUAAUAAUUCAUUAUUUAUAUUAUAUUCCAAUGUGAAAUCACCAAAACCAAUGUAUGAAUUACAAAACAUACGACGAAAUUUUCAAAAAUAUGAAAAGGAAAAUUAUCAUUUAAAUAAACUUACAAACGAACAAAUGUGGGAUAACGAAAAACUAAAUCAAUUGUUUAAGGAAACAACUAAAGCCAGAGAAUCAAUAGUAUUUUAUAAACUCAAACCAUACACUAUAUAG